UCGAAAUUGUUUCUUUAAAGUUCUAUAAAACAGUCCGCGACAACAUACGGACUACUUUUUGGAGUAGGCACAUUCGCGGACGAAGUCGCGCGGGUCCGCUAGUCCUAUAAUAUAAGUAGGUAAAUUGAACCUGGUUUUAAAAUAGUACUUUAAACAGCUCAAAAGAUAUAAAAUCUUCAUAAGAAGCUGUAUAUCAGUUUCUGUAUUUGUUGUUCUUAUUGUUAUCAGUAAACAGUUUAACCACCGCCUGAACUAUGACCUAUUAUUAUUGACAUCAUGAUAAUUUGUAAUCAUUUAGUUAAUUUCACCCAAAUAAUAGCACCAUUUGCAUUGAAAAAUGAGUUCUAGAAGCAUUACCUUUACUAAAAAUAGAUUAUUUGCGUGCCGUGUUAGCAGCACAAGCAUACAGACUCGAAGUUUAAGUGACAGUGAUGCAAAAGUCAAGAAAACUCCGCUGCAUAACUUGCAUAAGAAAUAUGGUGGUAAAUUAGUAGACUUUGCAGGUUUUCUCUUACCAGUUCAGUACUCUGAUUUAAGCGUUUCUGCAUCUCACCUCUUCACAAGAAGUAAUGCUUCCAUUUUCGAUGUUUCUCACAUGCUGCAAACUAAUGUUCGCGGAAAGGACUGUAUCUCGUGGUUCGAGUCGAUUUGCCCGGUAGAUUUAAAAGGAAUGGAACCUGGAACUGGUUCUCUAACAGUGUUCUUGAAUGAAAAAGGUGGGAUUAUUGAUGAUCUGAUCGUCAACAAAGUGAUGGAAGAUCAACUUUACAUUGUUUCGAACGCUGGACGUUUAAAAGUCGACAAGCAGCACAUGAUGGAAACUUCAGAAAUAUUACGUAAAAAAGGCAAAGAUGUGACAGUUGAGUUUUGGGAUGUGACCGAGCGGGCUCUGAUAGCUCUGCAAGGACCAAAAGCAGCGAACAAUUUACAAACUUUAACAGAUAUUCCACUGUCCGAGUUAACGUUUAUGACGUCUCAAUUAGGUCUUGUCGCGGGUGUUGAAUGUCGUGUUACUCGUUGUGGCUAUACAGGCGAGGACGGUUUCGAAAUAUCUAUACCCGCAGACAAGGCGGAAAAUGUGACAGAAGCACUGCUACAAUCACAGGAUAUAAAACUAGCAGGUCUCGGUGCGAGGGAUUCGCUACGUUUAGAAGCGGGGUUGUGCUUAUAUGGAAAUGAUAUUGAUGAAAGUGUAACGCCGGUGGAAGCCGCUUUGACAUGGUUGAUCGCCAAGAGACGCCGGGCAGAGGCAAAUUUCCCUGGUGGCGAUCUUAUAUUGCGUCAAAUUAAGGAAGGUGUGAGUAAAAGGAGGGUAGGGAUAAGAAUGGAGUCUGGAGCUCCUGCUAGAAAAGACGCAAUUCUUAAGAAUGUUAAAGGAGAUAAUAUAGGUAAAAUAACGAGUGGUUGCCCAAGUCCUUCGCUAGGAGGUAAUGUGGCAAUGGGCUAUGUUGUCGAAGAAUUUAAGAAAGUUGGCAACGAAUUAUCCGUUAACAUCCGAGGUAAGGAUGUGUUCUGUAAAAUCGCAAAAAUGCCUUUCGUACCAUCUAAAUAUUACGUUAGGAAAUAAAAAUGCUUUUAAUGAG